GCUUUUCUGUGGCGCGUUCUUAAAGCUCAGCGGUCGCCAUGGAGCUUUCAGGAGAGUACGUUGGCCCUGACGGGGAGCAGCAGCGACUGCGGGUACUCUGUGACGGGACCGGGGACGCCGACUCUCUUCAGAACCUGUUGUCGGGUGUGACCCAGAUGAAGGAGCUGGUAUCCGACUUCUUUGGUCCCUUGGUACAGCAGGAAGCGCAGGGCCGCGUGUCCCCAGACGAGACGUUGGACGGUGAUGGUGAAGAUGAUGCAGAAGAUGAAAAUAACAUUGAUAAAAGAACUAACUCAGAUGGACCAUCUGCAAAACGGCCAAAACUGCCUUCUUAGCUAUAACUUAUGAAAUUUUAAAGACUGCUGCUACAUCGUAGUUAUGAUACAAUGAUAUUAAGGAAGACUUAUGCUCCAUUUUGGGAAAACAUUUAAUUUGUUCCCCUGUGACAAGUUUGUCAGAGAGAAAACUUGCUUCUGUUUCUAGCAGAGAAAGAUAUAAUAAAUGUUUAGGAAUGAAGUCUGUUUUCUUGGGUGAGAAAUUCCAAGCCAUAGAAAAUAAAUAGAAUACUUAAGAAUGUAUAAAUUCCUCCAACAUGGCAACUGAAUUUUUCAUCAUUGUUUUGUUCUUAAAAUAGCCAUUGAGUUUAAAUUGUGUGAUGUCUACACCUUUGAAAGAAGGACAUUGAGAGUAGUACUAAGGAAAUGUUGAAUUCCCCAUCUAUAUAGCCCUUAUAUAGACAGCCAGAGAUGAUCCCACUCAGGGUGAAUUAAUCAUCUGACUUAUCUGGAAGCUCGAGAUACAAGAUGGGGGAUGUUUUUGUGCUAUAAUAUGGUAUAUGUACAAGUACAAAUAUAAGACCUAAGUAAACCAGUUUUGUUGACUGUAACUUACCUAUUUCCUCUCCACUUGUAGCCAUACUUUGGCUUUACUUAACAAAGAAAUGUUGAAACUUUAAAAUAUAUAUAUUCCUAAAAUAUAUAUGUGUGUGUGUGUUUCUGCUUAUCAGUGGAAUAAAAGCAUUUUUAAUUUAC